AUGGCAGAUUAUACAGGAAGCGACGACUACAAUCUCCAGGAGGCGUGGGACACGGUGUGUCGGUCCUUCGCCAAAACAACCAAUGUGGAUCUCACUACAGCCCCGAAGUACACCAUCGAUGAGGUGCUUAAUCAAAUCCGGCAAAAGCAGGAUAACGACGAGGAGCGAAAUGUUAAAUACAAAGUCGCCAAGGAUGUCAUCAGCAAGACUUUGAAAUGCAUUGAAGUUCUUGGUGGGAUUGCCGUCCAGGGGGCAAGUAUGGUGUUCGGCGGCCCAAGCACUCUAUGUUUCAAUGCUGUGUCAUAUCUUAUCGAAACUGGGGCAAAAUUCAAGGGAAUUUUCAGCAGUAUUGCAGAGCUGUUUAAACGCAUCUCAGACGUUCUGGAACGAUGCAAGAUCUAUCUCCGCAUGCCGCAUGAGGCUGUGGAUAUUUCCUUACGACGGAUAAUCAAUGAUGAGCUGUUGUGUUUUGUCGAUAUCUGUGCGCUAUCGAUGAAAGUUUUAAAGGGACACAAAAUUUUGAUUGCACUCAAGGUCUUCGCCUUCAACAGUGACGAGGGGGUUGGUGGGCAGUUGGCUCGCCUGGCUGGGCUCGUCGAGCGGGAGUCACAAAUGCGAGGGACUCUGGGAUUUGAAUCGCAGAAGAACAGUGAGAGGAACAUCGUGGAGACGAGAGACGGGACGAAGAAGAUCAAUGCGGGCGUCGACAAAUUACUAGAGCUUCAGCAGAAAAACGAGGAGGGGAUUAAGGGGAAUAAACAACUUCAGGAGGUCGACAUCUAUCUUGACAGUCCCAGCGAGCGCUUUGCCAAGAUGCGAGAGAGGUACAGGGACCUUCGCAGCAAAAAAGUCGAUGGAAGCGGACAAUGGCUCCGCAACGAUCCGGUGUACACAGGAUGGGCGAGUUGUGAGAAUGAGUCUCCAUUAGAUGUGCUCUGCAUAUCCGGAGGCGAAGGAUACGGUAAAACCUAUCUAUUCACUACGAUCAUUCGGGAUCUGCAGGAGAGGGUUUCAAAUGUGACGGACAGCUUGAGUCGCACGUCGAUCGGCUAUUAUUUUUUCGAGCAAGGAAGUCCCACUCGAGGAGCUGCUCAGUCCGCGGCGAAUGACGCCUCAUCUUUAAUCAAAGCAUUGAAGACCGUGGCAUAUCAAUUGGCUAGCCAUGACCCGGUCUAUCGGAAGGAACUUGCCGCUUCCGCGAAGUCGAUGGAAGUCAACCAAAUAGCCCAACUGUGGGAUGUUCUCUUCACCAAGUCUUACAAAGGGGACUCAACAUUCUUCAUCCUAUUGGAUGGCGCCGAACAGAUUGUACGGGAAAACCUCAAACAGCUCCUGAAUGUUCUAGCGGACCUCCAGAAGAUAUCAGACACUAGGGGCCGGUUCCAUCUUCGCAUCCUCUUCUCUGCGCGGAACGAAACCGUCGAGCAGAUCACAAACCACCUCAACGAAGGGACCUCUACUAUUGAUGUCGCUUCGAAAAACAAAGACGAUAUCGAAAUGUUCAUUAACGACCGCCUCGGAAGCAUGGAGAUCCUCAGCAGCGGCUCCACCCAGGUUGAAGCACUUAAGAAGGAAAUUCUCGAAGGCCUCUUGAAAGAGGCGCAUGGCGAUUUCGUCAACGUAGGUCUUCUACUCAACCAGAUAGGCGAUAAACAACGUCCCGGAGAAAUACGAGACGUUUUAUCCCGGUCAGGCGAGAAUCGUUCGAACACAAUUGCCCGCGAGAUCGAGAGAUUGAACGAGACCCUGGGUGAAGAUAAUAUUUCAGAUCUCAAUGAGCUCCUAGUCUGGGUUAUGAACGCACGCUGCCCGCUCAUGCUUUGCGAAUUGGAAGCCGUUCUCUAUGUGAAAAAUGGCGAGCUAUCACUUCGCUCGUUGGAGGACGAGAUCAACGGUCGGUUCUCUGCCCUGUUCCGCAUAGACGGAGAGAUAGACCCGAAAACGAAGAACAUGCCCCCGACAGCGACCGUGUCUCUAGUAUCGAACUCGAUAGAGGAGUACUUCCGAGCAAAAUCCGCUAGCGAGGAGGCCGAGGCUGACGACGGCCAGCUUAAAUGGAACACCACCGGGGAUGUCCUCGAGUCGGAGGUCAAAAUUGUCCGGCGAUUCCUAGAUUUGGUCUGCGACCCUAAGCUGUUCAAGAAAUUCGACUUUGAAGCCUUCUUCGAGCGAAAAUUGACCAAAAAGACUGCCCGGCUCGGCGUCGAUACAGACACAGCUCACAUGCGAAUUUUAAUGGCCUGUCUCAAAUCCGUCUCAGAGAAAACAGAUGAAUCUUCUAAGCUGGUAGACUACGCGACGUUUUACUUUGAAGACCAUCUUCGUCUCAUUGAUCUGUCAUUGAUACAGCCACAAAGCAAGGCCAUCGUCGGUCCACAAUUGGUGACAAUGUUUACAGACGAGGAAAUCUUCAAAUCCUGGUGGACUGAGAACCGCCUGUGGAUGCGGGAUACUUGGCUAUACGAGGAUGACCGCGUUGAUGUGGUGUUGAAAUGGCUACAAGACUCCGCUGUCACUAAGAAGCUUCCCGAAAAGGACAUGGCAUGGGUCAAGAGUCUAAGUUCGAAGUCGAAACCUGACGCAGAUCUCCUGGAGCAUAUCGCCAAGUUCAUGGUGCAUAAAUGGCUGCAGAUGAGUGAUUGGAAUAUUGUGGAGUUGUUUUAUUGGGUAAAUGCAUAUUCGAACAAGAUUGAAAAUCGCAAAGAUUCGAAUGUGAAGCGCGAGACCGAAGAUCCGAGACCAAAGAAGAUUCCGGCGUCUCGGAUCUAUGAGGUAGCCGAGUGGGGUCGACAACUCCUUGGACUGGACAGUCUUGGUUAUGAGGAAACACGAAACGUCGCCAGAACGUUGAGAGAGUUUGGGAAGUUGGAUGAUGCGAUCGAAACAUUCAAGCGGGCAGCGUUACUCCAAGAAGAUACCUGGUUCGCCAAAUGGGGUCUUGCGCAGGCUUACAACCUCCAAGGAAAAUUUGCGCUGGCAGUUGAGACUCUAGAAGCAGUUUUGGCGUCUAUCGAAAGUGGAAAAUCUAAACCCGAUGACCCUAGGAACACUCUACAAAGACUUAACCAAGAUCUGGCCUGGUGGCACAAAGAAGCCGGGAAUUUCGAGAAAGCCUUGGACAUUUAUGAAUCCAUCUUGCAGGAACAUCCGGAUGACUAUGAGUCAGCCUUUGGUUUGACCUUAGUUCUACGACACAAAGGGAGCUAUACACAGCUAGUUGAAUUCCUCGAACGCUUGAAAAAGUCCAAAGACGAGGUUACCGGUCUCGAUCGGCGCACAGAAAUCUUCCACCAGUAUUUCUGGAAUGAUGAUUAUCAUGGCACUAUCGCCGCUGCUGGAAAAAUUUUGAACGGCAGCGGUAUCACGACUCUGAAGGAUAGCUAUCGCACUGCUGUCGAUACGGCAGAAGAAAAGGUUCAACUUGCUAAAGACAAGCUAAACCGAGAGGAAGAAACCCGCGCAAAACAAAUGAUGGCCAUGCUAAUGCACUACUGUGCCAAGUUCUUCUACAAUAACUACACAUGUGCUGAGGAAAAGGAGAUGGCGUUGUCCAUGUGGGUGCGGAUUAUCCAGUUAGACGAAACCGAAAUGACCCCAAUCCUAAGGCUUGCAAAGGUGUUUGCCACCCGGGGUCUAUCAAGCCUCUAUUUUGAAAAAGCACUCCAGGCGGGACAAGGUACUGAACUAGCAGCCAAAUACAUCGACGAUCUAGAGCACCUUGCCACUUUGAAAUCGGACGGAAAUCUGACGGAUGAGGUGAAGGAGACAUAUCCGCGGCAGUUACUGGCUCGGUACUAUGCGCUUUGCGGGGAGAUGGAGAAAGCAAAGAACGUGAUCAGGCCCUUUGUCAAAGUCAAUAUAGAUCUUUUGUCGGACGACGAUCCCCGCAACGAUUGGCAGGGAUUUGGAGGCCUAGCGGCGCACUUCAUGUUUGCUGGUCAGGAUGAUAACUCUCUGGCCGCAUGGUCACUCAUCAGACCCAAUGAAGACGAUGAGGAUACGGAUGCUAUCAAAGAGCUGGAAGGUCCUAUUGAUUACCAAUGCGAUGGAAGAUGUGGAACGAUGUGGAGCUACGCAAACGAUAUGUAUAUUUGCCGAGACUGUGCGGAUGUGCAAUUCGAUGAGAGUUGCCUCAGAAAGCUACAAGAGGGAAAUUUGGGGCUUCAGGUGUGCAGCAAGAGCCACGAAUUCUUCCAUGUCCCCAAGUAUGAUGAUGAAAAGGUGAAAAAAAUCGGAAAAGAAAAUGUGAUGGUCGGGCAGGAAGUCAUGGCGGUGGAGGAUUGGAUUCGAAAGAUCAAGCGGGACUGGGGUUUUUCUACCGAAUGA